AACAGAACUCACACUCCAUUUCUUUGCCAAACAGAAAGAUCAGUCAGUCGGUACACUUACACUCGGAGCUCGCUCGAGACCAAGGUUGAAGAUGCCUACUAUGAAAGCUGGGUUUGCCUUCAACGUCGUCAAGUUCUCACCAAAAGGCGGUUAUUCCUGUUCUAUACUACUCUUUGCUGUGUGGAAAUGUCGAUCUGCCGACGCACCUUUCUCCCUCUGCGGUUCAUACGCAACCGCGCUCGCUGGUACUCAGCAUUCAACGAUCGUGAGGAUCAGCCACCUGUUCGAGCCGCUGUUCAACCCGCUGAUCAACAACCCGCUGUUCGAGCCGCUGAUCAACAACCCGCUGUUCGACCCGCUGUUCAACCUCAUAGGUUUCCUUCACUCCUCAAGUCGGUUCUCACUGGCAGAACUGAAAUCCCUGAAUAUUACAAACGUCUAAUUGAAGAGAAACGUCUCGGAAGGGGGCUGAAGGGUCCUUCUCAGAUUACUUUUCAAUUGCUGAAUUGGAGCCUUGGUGAUGCUGCUGCACCAGGUUCCCUGGAGGAGGCAAACAAACUGUUUAAGCAAAGGUUUAAACCAAUUUAUGGUUCCCAUGGUGAAGAUUUGGUUGAAAAUAUGAUUCUUGGGACUUCUGGUGAAGAAUUCAAGGACAUGUUAUGUGCUGUGCUUUUAUUAGAUGGUACUGUAGCAUCAACAGCCCUCUUCCGUCUCAUCGGACCUAAAGUUGCUGAAAUGCCUUUAGCGGCAUCGUCUUUUGAUUUCGAAGGGCAGGCUGUUUUUAGGUGCCUUUUUGAUAUGAUUGUGAACCAGUUGACUAGCUUGAAAGUCACGACAUUGAUCAUUCCUUCGUGUGAGAUCACGAAGGAAUUUUGGAGGGACAGAUAUGGUUUUUCGAUUGUUUCGGAAGAAGAGAAGUUGUUCUAUAGAGAAUCCUACAACAUGACAGAGUUUGGUGAGACGGUUCUGAUGCACAAGAAGCUGUAGGAUUCUGCCUUCGGGGCUCGAGAUCUGAUUGGAUGAAGACAAAGCUAUGUUUUGGGAACAUUCAGAGUUGUUAAUUUUCACCCUUGUUCUAAAGGAUUUUUGUAUACGGAGUUUUAUCGAUGCGGUUACAGAUAAUAUUGUAUAUUCAUUAGAACUUCUUAAUACUAGCAAUAUUGUAUAUUCCUUAAAACUUGUUCAUACUACUAGCACUGAAAUUUGAAAACUUGUUAAUACUAGCAGUAAAGUUUCAUUGUUGA